AUGACCAGUGGACCUAUUCGAUGGAUCACCACAUCCGCUGUCACGAAAAUGCACGAGACGCUCUUACUUUAUAGAGCACAGAGACUACCGCUGAACUCGUUCCGUCUUCGCACCUAUUCGGCGUCUUCUCGUGAUAUCUACUCGAAAUAUUCCAUCACACCAUCUUCUUCAGGACCAACGAACCUCCAGAGACGUCGUCGUUCUGUUCUCCGCCUCAUUCUGGUCAUGCGUCGUAGCCAAGGCGCUAUUCUUCAGAGAUCCCAGAAGUGUACUCGAGACAGUGCCCCCCUGGAUAUUUCGUUCAAAUGCGAAUUUUGGGCCCCAAUACCAGAGCAGUUAUGGCUCGUGAAUCAUUCACCUCGACGGCGAAGCCUACACACAAAAGCCGACCAUCAGUUCCUGGACCUCGCUAUCGCCCGGAUACCCAUCUGGAAGAGGUCGAUACUGAGUUGUUCCCUUUUCAAGGAAAGCUACUUGACAGCUUUUUCCGAGGUGCCAAGAUUGAUGAGCGUUACAACUUCGUUCGGACUGCCAGGUAUAAAGGCAUCUUCAAGGUCGAGAACGAUCUCAAUGAUAGUCACUGCGAAUGGUAGCAGCUUCCGGGAUCCUUCUAAUUCCCCAUCACGCCGGUAUAUCACUCAUCUAUCUGAUUCCUACUCUGUUGACGUGCUCCGACACCGAGCCCUUCCAGAAUCCCCCCGCGCGCCACCUGAGGAACGCAUUCGGAUAAUCACCGAUUUCUUCACGCUCCCGAUGCAAACUGAAACACCUGACCAUAAUGGGCCUGGAGCUCAUCGGGAUAUAUAUAUACCUUCUGUUAGUACAUGA